AUGAGUGUCUUGGAAAACAUUGGGAAAAAUAUUAUCAUGGAUGAUGUGAAAAUUAAAGAGAUUCUAGAAAGCUUCCUAGAAUCUUUUUUUCGUUCUGGAAAACUGUUGACUCUUCUCCCUGAUUGUGUGGCUGAUAUUUUGAACUUACAUAAUGACCACACUGAGAGAAACCUUACAGGUAUCAAGGAGAAACUGCGUUCCCUUGAUUGUAUUGAAAGAGAUGAGGAAUACUUUGCCUACAUGACAGUCAGGAAGGCCAAAAUCAGCCAGCCAGAGCUAGGCAGACAGCGGCUGCCUGAAGAUGUGGACGUGACAUCGCAUAGACGCUGCCUGAAAUCCUCUGUGGGCUCCUGCUGCCAUCAGGUCCCCUGGUGUCGACGACUCGCAGCACCAUGGGGCUUUAUUUCCUUGGGUCCAGCAGUGAACAAACGUGCACCUCAGGUCCUAGAGCAGUACAGUUCCACCUGCUAUGGGGCUGAAAUCAAAAUAAUCCACUCUGAUGGACCACAGAUUUCUCCAAAGGAGGGCUGCUUGGGCCACUGGGACUUAACAGAUCAGAUCCAAAUAGAGUCAGUGGACAGCAGUAGGUGCGGACAUGAUGAUGAAGAUGAGAAGCUCAGAAAUUACACAUCUGUGUCUCGCAGCACAGCUGUUUCAUAUGUGCUUUUUGGUUCAUCAAAUGUCUUCUGGUUCGUAAACAUCUUCUCUGCCACAGGAUUGGCUAUUGCAGCUACUGUUAAUAAACCGAGAUCUGAGCACAAUUCUGAUUCAAGGGAGAUAAAA